AUGCGCAUUUUGAUAUUGGGAUUGGAUGGAGCUGGAAAAACGACGAUUUUGUAUAGAUUACAGGUGAGGAGCGGGGCACUGCCUCCCCAAAUCUACGUGUGUGUGGAAAAACGAAAAAUGUCUGGCACGCUCUCGCAAACACACACUCUCUCGCACACAACUGUUUACUUUUAUUUCGCGAAAACAGUGCAUAUUAGGAGCUGAUUUUUAUGUGUUUUUCAUCAGAACCACAAUAUGUGUUAUACAUAGUUCGAAAGAGAAUUUCUUCGGCUACAAACACAUAUGAAAUGUUAUAAAUGAAACCGAGAUAAAAAAAUAAAAAUUUCAUGCAAACAUGACAUGGUUUUUUUGAAUUGUGUGAAAAACGCAUGUGUUUUUUGAUGACCUGGCUCAUUUUUGAAUAUCGAAUAUAUGUAUAAUCGAGUCGUAGUUUUGUUCAGAAUAUCAAGGGCUUUCAGCUGAUGUAAAUCAAUAUUUAUGAAAUUGUGAAAUCAUGGAGGAGUAGGGAUUUUUCGUUUGUCAAUUUUUAAAACGAAAUUUUCAUUUUCAUUUGAAAGGAACUCGAAUGAAGUUUACAUACGUUUUGAAGAGAAUUUCUCGGGCUUCAAAAUCAUAUAUAUUUCUAUACACAAAAAUGGAAAUUGAAAGCACCGCUUUCGGUUGAAAACUUGUUGGGUUUGCACCAAACAAACAAACCGCGUUCAGUAGUGUUGCGAAAAACAGCGUUGAGUUUUCAACCGAAAGCGGUGCUUUCAAUUUCCAUUUUUGUGUAUAGAAAUAUAUAUGAUUUUGAAGCCCGAGAAAUUCUCUUCAAAACGUAUGUAAACUUCAUUCGAGUUCCUUUCAAAUGAAAAUGAAAAUUUCGUUUUAAAAAUUGACAAACGAAAAAUCCCUACUCCUCCAUGAUUUCACAAUUUCAUAAAUAUUGAUUUACAUCAGCUGAAAGCCCUUGAUAUUCUGAACAAAACUACGACUCGAUUAUACAUAUAUUCGAUAUUCAAAAAAUGAGCCAGGUCAUCAAAAAACACAUGCGUUUUUCACACAAUUCAAAAAAACCAUGUCAUGUUUGCAUGAAAUUUUUAUUUUUUUAUCUCGGUUUCAUUUAUAACAUUUCAUAUGUGUUUGUAGCCGAAGAAAUUCUCUUUCGAACUAUGUAUAACACAUAUUGUGGUUCUGAUGAAAAACACAUAAAAAUCAGCUCCUAAUAUGCACUGUUUUCGCGAAAUAAAAGUAAACAGUUGUGUGCGAGAGAGUGUGUGUUUGCGAGAGCGUGCCAGACAUUUUUCGUUUUUCCACACACACGUAGAUUUGGGGAGGCAGUGCGGGGGAAAUUUGGGAAAAAAUGUGAUGUUUUAAAUUUAAAUCCAAGUUUUUUGGGGAAAAAUAUACAUUUUUGAAUCUAAAUUUAAAUCCAAGGUUUUUUUUGGGGAAAAAUUGAAAAAUUUGAAAAAAAUCCGAUUUUUCAAAUUUUUGGGGAAAAAUUUGAUAAGAAAAAGUUAUCUUUCAAAUCUAAAUUUAAAUCCAAGAUUUUUGGGGAGAAAGCUGAAGUUUGGGCACAAAAUUGAAAAAUUUGAAAAAAAAAUGAAUUUUUAAUCUGAAAAUUCUUUUAAAAAAUUAUUUUUCGACGAAUUUUUCUGAAAAAAAAAAUAUUUUCUGAAUUUUGCAAGUUUCUUCAAAACUUUGAUGAAAUAAUUUUUUUUUGUAAUUUUGAAUUUUGAGAAAGUAAAUUUUUUUCGAUGAAUUUUUCUGAAAAUCUGAAAAUUUCCGAAGUUUUUUUGGUUAAAAACUAUUUUUGAGAAAUUCGGAAAACCACAUUUUUUGAAUAAAAAAAUUGAAAAUUUCAGAAAAACUGACAAUUCUUUUCAAAAAUUUAGAAGUUCUAAUUUUACCAAAUUUUUGAUGGGAUCAUUUUUUUUGUAAAAAAUUUUUCGAUGAAUCUGAGAAUUUCCAAAUUUUUUGAAAUUUCAGAAAUUUGCUGUAAAUUACAAAUUUAGAUUUUUUGAUUCAAGAAUUUGGGAAAUCUCAUUUUCAAGAUCCGAAAAAUUUCUAGCAUAUCUACAAAACCUCGAUUUUUCAGGUCGGCGAAAUCGUGACCACAAUUCCAACCAUCGGCUUCAACGUCGAACAAGUCGAAUACAAAAAUCUGAAAUUUCAAGUGUGGGAUCUCGGCGGUCAAACGUCAAUUCGACCAUAUUGGAGAUGUUAUUACGCGAAUACCGACGCAAUUAUUUAUGUCGUCGAUUCAGCUGAUCGAGAUCGUGUUGGAAUAUCGAAACAGGAAUUGGUUUCGAUGUUACAAGAAGAUGAAUUGCAAGGAGCUGUUCUAGCGGUUUUGGCGAAUAAACAGGUAGAAACUUUAUGAGAAAUUUUGAAAUCAACAAAAAAAUUUCAGGAUAUUGCUGGUUGUCUGACUGAAACUGAAGUUUAUAAAGCGUUGGGUCUUGAAGCGCUUCGAAAUCGAACAAUUCAAAUUUUCAAAACUUCCGCUUCCAAAGGCGAAGGUCUUGAUGCGGCGAUGGAUUGGUUGGCAAAUCAAUUACAGCAGAAAAAAUAA